CCACACCUUUGGCACUUGGUGGCACUUAGUCCUUGGGAUAGAGACACCUAUAUUAUAGGAGCUGAAGAAAAAACUGUAUGGUGUCUUCUUUGGGCAGGUCCAGAGACGUGCAGCUUUUUGACUACAUUUAGGAAGAAAAGUGUGUUAUAAGAAGGUUUAUGGUUAUUUAGCUAGCUUGCUGUUGAAGACUUCAACCAGGACAAAGUUACUGAACUCAGUGGAAGGAUCGCGUGUGUUGGGCUCAUUAUUGUGUGGUAUUAAAAAUUGUUUAAACCUGGAGGAAAAACGCUACCAGAUAAUAGCAACUACUAGUGCACACGUUCGUAUAGUGCUGGUUGCAUGAUUUCAGGCAAAUCUUUUCCUUCUUUGCCAGAGUAGUCCGGUACAGUGAAGUAUAGUGGCUAAGGUGAAUAACAUGGGGGAUUAUAAUAUCAAAAAUAAUAACUAAAAAAGUAGAAGAGUUUGCGAAGAAAUUGGAAAAUAUAAAAUUGAGCACGCAAGUGGUCAGUGGUGUUCUGCAGUGGUAAAUUGUGGUUCGGUAGUCUGAAGUGACGUGACCGCCGUCAUCGCUGCCACCGCCUUUACAGUGGCAAGUGAAUGCGAGAAGAAGCACUCGGGGAGGAAAUCCGUUUUCAUGCAGAGUGUAAACGCUACAGCGAAAACUGAAUAGCGAAUUUUCUGGCGCAGCGAAGUGAAGUGUGCAGCGGAAGUGUGUGGUACAGUAUUUGAAUCGGGUGUGAAGAGAAAGAGCGCUCUUUAAUGUAGGCGCAGUCACACAGAUCUCUGGCAAUUGUACCCAAUAGGCUGGUUGAAUGGUUUUCGGUGAUUAGUGCAAUUAGUCAACGAGAUUUUCCCGUGCUCAACUGAAUUGGUGUAAUUAUUAAAUAAAAUUAAUUGGUAAUAGCAGCAGCACCACCUGCGAGCGAGCUGAACGAAAUGUCGGUGCCGGAUUGUUCCACGAUUAACUAAGACAAACAUGAUCGUUUCUUGACCGGAAAUUGCUUUUUCCCAUUCACCGCCGAGAAGCUCUUGGCAGACGCAACGGAGCACGGCUGAGCAGCGACAAUACAGUCCAGCGACGGGCAGACAGGUCCGAGUCAGCAGUUUGGAUUCCAUUCAUCAUUGAGAAGUGGUUGUUUGGUCGAUUUUCAGUUCCAGCGAGGCCGGCGACAGAAAAUCGUCAAAAUUGUCGCCCCCACGGCAACCCGUCGACGGUGGUGGUGGUGGUGGGGGUCGGUGGAGUCGGUGGGCUGGGUCGCCACUGGCACUGCCAGCAGCAGUGGGAUCGACGAAGGCAGCAAGUGGUCUGUAGCAGAGCUGUUCCGUGGCCCGCUCGGUUUCCCGUUGCGCAACGACGCUGGCCGGGUCGCAGGGAGAUGAGAUGAGGCUGCUACACGGCGUUAGUUUCAUCAUAUUCGCUGCCGUUUCAGUAUGCGCCGGAAAUCCUGAUGCAAAACGCCUCUACGAUGACCUUCUCAGCAACUACAACAAACUUGUUCGGCCUGUUGUUAACGUUACAGACGCGCUAACCGUGAAAAUCAAGCUAAAACUGUCCCAACUAAUUGAUGUGAAUCUGAAAAAUCAAAUCAUGACUACGAAUCUGUGGGUCGAACAAACGUGGUACGACUACAAGCUCAAGUGGGAACCGAAGGAGUACGGCGGAGUGGAGAUGCUGCACGUACCUUCGGAUCACAUUUGGCGCCCGGACAUUGUCCUCUACAACAACGCGGACGGCAACUUCGAGGUGACGCUGGCGACGAAGGCCACCCUCAACUACACCGGGCGGGUCGAGUGGCGACCGCCCGCCAUUUACAAAAGUUCCUGCGAGAUCGACGUGGAGUAUUUUCCCUUCGACGAGCAAACGUGUGUGAUGAAGUUCGGCAGCUGGACGUACGAUGGGUUUCAGGUUGAUCUUCGGCAUAUCGAUGAGGUCAACGAUACGAACGUAGUAGAAGUAGGAGUAGAUUUAUCGGAGUUCUAUACAUCAGUCGAAUGGGAUAUUCUAGAAGUUCCUGCCGUCAGAAAUGAAAAAUUCUACACAUGUUGUGAUGAACCGUAUCUCGAUAUCACCUUCAACAUAACGAUGCGCCGCAAAACGUUAUUUUAUACCGUUAAUUUAAUAAUUCCCUGCAUGGGCAUCAGCUUCCUAACGAUAUUGGUUUUCUACCUGCCGUCGGACAGUGGCGAGAAGGUAUCGUUAAGCAUAUCCAUCCUGCUGUCGUUGACUGUGUUCUUCUUGCUGCUGGCAGAAAUCAUUCCUCCCACCUCGCUGGUGGUGCCACUGCUGGGGAAGUUUGUGCUCUUCACCAUGAUCCUCGACACAUUCAGUAUAUGCGUCACCGUGAUUGUGCUCAACAUUCACUUCCGGUCACCCCAAACGCACACGAUGGCCCCGUGGGUCCGAACGAUCUUCAUCAACCACCUGCCAAAGCUGCUGGUGAUGCGCCGACCCAUCUACCAGCCGCUGCACCAUUUUAGUGCUGCUUCGCAAAGAUUUAUGUUGCGCUCGUGCACGGGAAUGGGCGACAACAUCCCACCGCUACCGCCAACGAUUGCGUUCGAUCCCUCGGUGCUGCUCGAUCAUCAUCUGCUCGAUUCCAGUGACAGCAUAAACACGUGCCGCCUGCAUGGUAGCCCGACGCAUCAUGCCCAUCAUCACCAUGGAGGCGGCCACCAUCAUCACCACCAUCACGGCCUGCGUGGGAUAGACCUGAUGGAUGACUUACCACUGCCCUAUCAAGAUCACAACCAUCACAAUUCCCCGAUGUCGCCGAUAAAUUUAAAUCUCCUGUCAUCGGCGUCGAGCACGGCCGUCCCGAAUCCGGUCACCGGUGGCCUGUCGAGUGCGGGUGCGGCCCUCCUUGAUCCCCACAGUACCUUCCAGACGAGCCUGGCUGGAGGAGUUGGCGGGACAAGCAAAACUAGCACAAAUGUGAUAAUUAACACUGCAACUAACACUACUACUAGGAGUAAUCUAAGCUGUUGUAAUAAUCUUUUCCUAAACGACGGACGAACUGGGUUAGAUAGUAGCGUUCAAUUACCGAACAGUAACAUCGUAGGGGGUGCCGGCGACUCGUCGACAGCCGUUCCAACGGUGCCGAUUAUCAACACCACGGACAGUGGUCUCGGCGGGAGCGGCGGCGGCAGCGGGGGUACUGACGGCAAGGACAAGUCCACGCGACCCCGGUGGCUCACAUGUCCCGAGCUGCACAAAGCGAUGGACGGCGUCACGUACAUCGCCGACCACACGCGGAAGGAGGAGGAGAGUACGAGGGUAAAGGAAGACUGGAAGUUCGUGGCCAUGGUGCUGGAUCGGCUGUUUCUGUGGAUCUUCACCAUUGCGGUAGUGUUCGGGACGGCAGGCAUCAUCCUGCAGGCGCCCACCCUCUACGACACCCGAGUGCCGAUCGAUAUCAAGAUGUCGGAGAUUGCAACGACGACUGCGAAACCGUACAUUGCCAAACCAGUGUUAUAAUCAACACAAGACUCAUCCCGGCGGCAGUUCCGUCGCCGUUAUCAUGGACCGAACGCAUCCAAGCAGGGAGGUGGUGCCUCUUUCGUUUCCGAUUCCACGGUACCGUUGGCCGGAGCAAAGAUUUAAUUCCCCAGUGGGGGGAGAUGUGCCGGCAUCGUCUAUAUUACGGACACACAAAAAGCGGGAAAACUAGGGCGGGAAAUUCAGACCACGUGGAAGACAGGAGAGAAAGUUUAUAAAAGUAUUUUUUAAUUCCUCUGAAGUGGUUCCACGCGUCUGGCGCAAAACGUGCGAAAAGGCAUCCCGAAAGAUAGAAAGAAAAAAAAUGUAAAGGAGUCUAGUUUCCGUUGUUUAUUGAGAGGACUGAACUGUUUAAAAUUUUAUUAACGUUUUAAACUUGAUGUAGAGAUUUUUCGAGCGACUAAUUGAGAUCGUCUAGAUUUUUUUUUCUAUUCGCGAGAAACAAAAACAGAACUUAGGGAAAGUUGAAAUGUUGUACUUUAGGUCAUUGUUGAGAACGAAACAAAUUGUUGUCAUCGUCACGGGCGCGCGGCUGUAGCGACGAACGGAAGGAAUAGUCGUGGAGUGAGAGUGAAAUGGACUUGAUUUUUUCCUUUUCUGGGUAUAUUUGGAAUGGAAUUUGAUUUAAUGCACUCGUUAACAUCAAAUGGCUUAACCGUAAUUAGCUAAGGAACAUUCAAGAUGACAAAUACGACAAAUAGUUGGAGCAGGUACCAGCAAACCCUGAUUUUUUUACACGGUUUGGUUUUAGUCGAUUAAGACCUUUU